AUGUGUGAUUUGAUCGCUCGUACGGGUCGGCUCCAGCAGCGGUACGAGAAUGGCUGCCGCCUCAUUGCUGGGUGCAUUCCAUUUAGGUAUAGAAACUCAGAAGAAACUGGCGAUUCUAACAGUGGGAAGGUUGUUGAAGUGCUAAUGAUCAGUUCGUCUAGUGGACCUGGACUUUUGUUUCCCAAGGGAGGGUGGGAAAAUGAUGAGACAGUCAGGGAGGCUGCAGCCAGGGAAGCUGUGGAAGAAGCAGGAGUUCGGGGGAUUUUAAUGGAUUUGUUGGGAGAAUAUGAGUUCAAGAGCAAGAGUCACCAAGACGAGUUUUGCCCAGAAGGUGUAUGUAAAGCGGCAAUGUACGCACUGUAUGUGAAGGAAGAGCUGGAGUCGUGGCCGGAGCAGGAAACGAGAAGUCGGACAUGGCUCACCAUUACUGAAGCUUUAGAGAAAUGUCGGCACGCAUGGAUGAAAUGUGCAUUGGAGGAUGGCUUUUGUAAAUGGCACCAGGACAAAGGACACCAGUUACUCCUAUAA